CCUGCUUUUUCGCUGUUCCUCGUUCAUCUCAUUCAACAACCUUCACACAACCCUCCCCCCCUUUCAUCACUUCCAUUCAUUAUCAUUCUUUUCGCCAAUAAACACUCCCUUGUCUGACCGGUCAAUUUUCCGGUGGAUACAUGUCAGCGAUGACCUAAACCUGCUCGAAAAUUUUCAAUCGCAAUGAAGUCGUUUUCCAGUUCUGUUAUCAAUAAGUCGGGCAAGAAAUUUGCCCCCAAGGCGCCUGCCCGACGCGCCCCAGCCCCCCCUCCACCGCGGCGACCCAGCGUUGCGUCUCAGCCUUCUGCUUCACAGACACCACAGCCAGCGACCGAGACAGCGACACCUGAGCCAGGCCCAGCCACCACAUCUGUCCAGCCCGCCGCCGCCGCCGUUGAAACCACUCCCAUAGAAACAUCAGCCACGACUCUGAAGAAGAAUGUUGCGUCUUCUUCGUCCACAACCGCGAUCGCGAUCCCUCAACCAAAGCGGAAGCCUUCUAUCACAGUCGCGCCUCCCCAGGCUGCACAAGUCGUACCAUCUCCUCCUCAACCCACCCCACCUAGUACUGCACCCACCGAAAGCGCGUCUCAACUGUCAACAACCGAAGCCGAGUUCCAGGGAUCGCGCGCCGGUGUCAGUCGAGAUGUAAGUCCAACGCACGUCGUGGAGCGUCGUACUGAAGAGGUUUCCGCAUCACAAAGUCGCAUACACCGUCCCGCAGAUGGCGCCAUCGAAAUUCGCCCUACCAAGCGUCCUAGGACCAAUUCCACGACAAAGAACACCAUUCACCCCCCUUCAGCUCGAACAGAAAUUCCAGUUUCCGACAUUCCUCCACUUCCCACACCCCCCGCUUCACAAGCUCCCGUUACGGAUACUCAAGAGUCGCUAGAAACUCAGACGGAGACAGAGUCACAGACGCCUGUCCCGACCAGUCAAACUCGAAAGGUGGUCAAAGUCCGGAGGAAAUCCGUCAGGGAAGGCAAUGGUGAGACUGCGACAGGCAAGAAAAAGGAAAGAAAGACUCGGACACGCAAGAAGCGCGAGCCGACUCCUGAAGGCUCUGAGAAUGUCGAGAUCGCCCCUGGCCUGAUCAAGAUGUCGGAAUUGUGCAAGGACACUCGAACUGGAAAAUUGUCCAAAAGGGAAACCGAACUUCGCGUUCUCGAUCAGGCAGAGCUCGAGCGCAAACAACGAGCGCAGCAGGAAGGUGACACUGAGGUACCAGUCAAGGCCAGUGGCAACGAACAUACGCCGGCGGACGACGGAAACAGCAUACUCGACAACAAAUCUCAAGCCGGGCCGGUGAUGCGCAUUGUCAACGGAGAGAUUGUGCUUGAUACCGCUUCUUUGCAAGUUGACCGCCACGCGGAUGCAGCAAGGAAUGCUGGCGAGCUCGAGGACGUUGUUGAAAAUACCUUCACGCGAAAGAUCAAUCAGGCUACUUAUGGAAAACGUUCCAAGACAGAGUCCUGGGACGAAGAGAUGACGGAUCUGUUUUACAGGGGGUUACGUAUUUUCGGUACCGACUUCAUGAUGAUUAGCAAAUUGUUUCCUGGGAGAAGCCGGCGACAGAUUAAACUCAAGUUCAAUAACGAGGAGCGCCGCGAUCCCUUGCGCAUCAAAGAGACUCUUCUAGGUCCACGAGAGAGUAUUGACAUCAACACCUACUCUCAGAUGACCAACACGGUGUAUGAUGAUCCUAAAGUCAUACAGCAGCAAUUGGACGAAGAACGGAAACAGAUGGAGGAACAGCAUGCCAAGGAGAAGGAAGCUCAAGAGGAACUGCUUCGAAACCCUGAUGGCGCUGCGAAUGAGCUUGGCCAAGGCAACGAUCUGCCUACUAAAGCCAAACGACCCAGCCGGAGGCAAGCGAUGAAAGCCAUGGCUGGUGGAACAGAAGAGGUGCUGGGCACCAUUGACGACGUUCCAUGAACUUCUAUACCAUGUUCGGUGUGGUUCGUCUUGGCGGAACUUUUAUGACCGCGGCAACAUACAAGCGUUACGUGCUGUUACGAUGGACUAGAGCUGGGGAAGCAGAUUCCCUAGGCGUCUGGUUUUCGAGGUAUUUUCAUAGGGGCCUUCCCU